AUGAACGGAAAUAACCGACACGCGAAGAAGAAGAAGAUUGCCAUCAUUGGCGUGUCGGCAUUGAUCCUGGUGGCCAUGGUGGUUGCUGUGGCUGUUGGGGUCACCCGUGGUCAAAAAGGCGGAAAGGACGAAAAGAAACCAGCCACAACAUCUAAGGCAAUUGAAACCGUCUGCCAACCUACAGAUUAUAAAGAAACCUGCCAGAAUAUGUUAUCUGAAAAAGCCAGCAAUGUAACCGACCCAAAAGAGCUCAUCAAGGUUGGGUUCCAAAUUGCCAUGGAAAAGCUCCAAGAGGUGAUCAACAACUCGGACACCUUGAAAGAGCUUGCCAAGGAUGAUAUGGGAAACCAGGCACUUCAGAACUGUAAAGAACUUAUUCAGUACUCCAUCGACGAUCUAAAGAGGUCUGCUGAUCAAAUCGGUCCUUUUGAAGUCACCAAGCUUAAAGAGUACGUCGAAGACCUCAAGAUUUGGCUCAGUGCCUCCAUUAACUAUGAACAGACUUGCUUGGAUGGGUUUGAUAAUACCGCCGGCGAAGCCGGGGCUAAAAUGAAGGACUUUCUAAAGACAUCACAAGAACUCACCAAGAACGGACUUGCCAUGACCUCUGAAAUCAGCAACCUCUUUGGAAACAGUAACAUUAAAAACCAACGUCGACUCUUGGCAAAUGCUAAUACUGACGCUAAGAAGGUACCUAAGAUCAUCCCAGCAUGGAUUGAGACACGCAGACUUGACAUCGCUACAGCCAAUCCCAUUUCCCUUAAACCCGACAUCAUAGUUGCUAAGGACGGAAGUGGAAAGUACAAGACCGUUAAUGAGGCGCUCAAGGAUAUCCCAAAGAAUAACGCUGUAAAGACGUUUGUGAUCUACAUCAAGCAGGGUGUGUACAAUGAGCAGGUGGUUCUUGACAAGUACAUGACCAAUGUCAUGUUUAUCGGUGAUGGCCCUACCAAGACCAAGAUCACAGGCAAUAAGAACUUUGCCGAUGGUGUUCAAACGUUCAAAACUGCAACUGUUGCUGUGGUUGGAGACUACUUCAUUGCUAAGGACAUCGGAUUCGAGAACACAGCCGGAGCCAGAGGACACCAAGCUGUGGCACUGCGUGUUCAAUCUGACCUGUCCAUCUUCUACAACUGCCAAAUAGAUGGUUACCAAGACACUCUCUAUACCCAAACUCAUAGGCAAUUCUACCGUGAUUGCACAAUUUCUGGAACCAUUGACUUCAUCUUUGGUGACGCAGCAGUUGUCUUCCAAAAUUGCAAGAUGAUCAUCAGGAAACCCGACCCAAAUCAGAGUUGUAUGGUCACUGCCCAAGGAAGGAUUGACAAGCGUGAGCCUACCGGCAUUGUUAUCCAAAAUUGCACAAUCAGUGGCGAGAAGGACUAUAUUCUAUCUGGCAACACCAAAAUAGGAUACUUGGGUAGGCCAUGGAAGCCUUUCUCAAGAACCAUCAUAAUGCAGUCCCAGAUAGAUGAUGUCAUUAAUCCCAUGGGUUGGACGGAGUGGACUGGUAGCACCAAUCACGAAACAAGCUGGUUCGGUGAGUUCUCAAACAGGGGACUUGGUGCCGCGACCAAUCUUAGGGUAAAGUGGUACAAGUUAGCCACCCCUGAAGAUGCCGGUGCAUUCACAGCUGGUAAUAUAUUGUCUGGUGAUAGGUGGAUCAAGCCUAGUGGUGUGCCAUAUGUGGCUGGAAUGAUGCGUAUAUGA